GAUAAUAAAACUCCACACGCAAAUAUUUACGCUUCUAUUAGGACUUUACUACUUCACUACACUAUAUUCACAUCACUGAUAUUGUCAAUACAGGCAUGUUGUUUCACUCCUAAUCUCCAUGUUUGAUCUCGUACUCCACGUUUCACCCCGCUGCACAGAAAAGCAUCCAGGUGCCACCCUGCCAACAGGCUGCGCGAGACAAACACACUGUCCUCUCCACCACAUGACGGCGCCACCCUCCAGACUGGCCUGCACUUUUAGCACGCCCAGUCAUUUCUUGGACAGUUCCCAUUCUAGUGUGGCAGCAUUCGCUCCCCUCUCCUCAAUUCUCCAGUAACGGAAAGCCACUUCGAGCACCAGGCAACAAGCGCGCGACACCAUGGCGGAUAGCGCGAGCGAGAGCGACACGGACGGCGCGGGCAGCAGCAGCAGCUCCGCCACCCCGCAGUCCUCCUCCGCGGCCGCUUCUCAUACCACUACGACCACCACGAACGCCGCCAGCAAAGGGCAGGGCGUCGUGAUCUCGCAGUCCCGACUGGAGGAGCUGACGAACCGUCUGGCGUCGUUGCAGCAGGAGAACAAAGUGCUGAAGAUCGAGCUCGAGACGUUCAAGCUUAAGUGCAAAGCGCUGCAGGAGGAGAACCGCGACCUGCGCAAAGCCAGCGUCACUAUCCAAGCGCGUGCCGAACAAGAAGAGGAGUUCAUCUCCAACACCUUGUUUAAGAAGAUUCAGGCUUUGCAAAAGGAGAAGGAGACACUCGCCGUCAACUAUGAGAAAGAAGAGGAGUUCCUCACUAAUGACCUGUCCAGGAAACUCAUGCAGCUUCAGCAUGAAAAGGCUGAGCUGGAACAGCACUUGGAGCAGGAACAGGAGUUCCAGGUCAAUAAAUUGAUGAAGAAGAUAAAAAAACUGGAGAAUGACACCAUCUCCAAACAACUUACUCUUGAACAGCUCCGUCGGGAAAAGAUUGAUUUGGAAAACACUCUUGAACAGGAGCAGGAGGCACUUGUAAACCGACUUUGGAAACGCAUGGACAAAUUGGAGGCAGAGAAAAGGAUUCUGCAGGAGAAGCUUGACCAGCCAGUGUCAGCCCCGCCCUCACCACGGGAAGUUUCUAUGGAGAUCGACUCUCCUGAGAACAUGAUGCGGCACAUCCGCUUCCUGAAGAGUGAAGUGGAGAGGCUCAAACGUAGUCUCCGCACCACAGAACUACAGCACACAGAGAAACGGGCCCAGUAUAUUGAGGAGGAAAGGCAGAUGAGAGAAGAAAACAUUCGGCUGCAGAGGAAACUCCAGAGAGAGAUGGAGAGGAGAGAGGCGCUGUGCAGACAGCUGUCAGAGAGUGAGAGCAGUCUGGAGAUGGACGACGAGAGAUAUUUUAAUGAGAUGUCUGCUCAGGGACUGAGAGCUCGUACAGUGUCCAGCCCUAUCCCUUACACCCCGUCUCCCUCCUCAAGCCGGCCCAUCUCACCUGGUUUGUCGUACGCUAGUCACAGUGUUGGCUUCACCCCUCCGGCCACCUUGAGCCGAGCACCACUUCCCCACUACACAUCACCUGGGCUACACAUCCACCCGGGACCCUCACACGCUGUACAGAGGCCAUCCCCAAGGAGAAGCACCAGCCCAGAUAAGUUCAAGCGUCCAACGCCGCCACCUUCCCCCAACACACACUUUGGGGCACAGCACCCUCCUCCUCCACCGCCACCCGCACAGCCGAUGCUCCAGUCUGGCGCCUCCCACUCUGUGACAUCACAGAACCCCUCCUCUCAGCCUUAAUGCAUGCAACAUGCGCUACCUUAAGCUAGGCUACGCCAGGCUAGGCUACACUACUACUACAAUGACAACAACUCGGUGAUCCUCCACUGGGCAAACGUUGGAAGUGAAUGGAGGGAAUAUGGAAGUUGAAUUUGUGAACUGGGAAAUGAAAGGACUGCGAAAAAGGAGAACGUGUAGAUGCUUGGCCAACUGACAGACCCCAUGCUGUUAAAUUGCGUUAUUCUUACUGUGUUUUUCUUUAAAGUGAUCAAGCUGGUUUCGGAAGGGUUCGAUCUACAAGAUCAUUUAUCAGGGUUGUUGAGUGUGUUGGCUGCGUGUGUUUGAAUUUUUUUUGUGGAAAGUUCCUAAGUCUUUUCCCUUCCCCUAUUAAAUCUUAACUAUUUUAACAGAUUGACUGUUAAAAGUACUCAGACAUUUCCUUUAAAUAAAUGAGUAAAUGCUGUCAAUAA